AUGGCUCACAAAGACGGAGAAAACCCGCCACCAACAGCCUGGUCGCAGGCCGCAUCCGCCAGCGUCCGGGCCGCCCUGCACGGCCGCGACAUCCUGCACUUCCCGGGGUCGCCCGAGUUCGCCGACUGCGAGGCGGCCUACUUCACAGCCGCCGCGGCCGAGGUCCGGUCCGGCGCCGUCGCCCGCCCGGCCUCGACGGCCGACGUCUCGGCGCUCCUGGGGGCGCUCCGGGAGAGCCUGCCCGCCGACGUGCCCAUCGCCGUCCGCGGCGCGGGGCACGCCACGUGCGGCGGCACCGCCAAGGCCGCUUCCGGGGUGACGAUUGACAUGCGUGGGCUCCGGGGGGUGGACGUCCUCCCUGGCGAGAAGCUGUUCGCAUUGGGGCUGGUGAGAAUUGGGGCACACAAUCCCCCAUUGACCACGGUGGGCGGCCGCAUGCCCGGCGUCGGCGCCAUCGGCUUCUUGCUCGGCGGCGGUCUCUCCAGCCUCUCCUCACGCUUCGGCUUCGGAGCCGACAUGGUGUCCGUCGUCCUAGCCUCAGGCGAGGUGGUGCGCGCAGCCCGGGACGACGAGCGCACAUCAGACCUCUGGGACGCCCUGCGCGGCGGCUCCACCAACUUCGGCAUCGUCACGGCCGUCGAGAUAGCCUGCAUCCCACACCCAGCGACCUUCCGCGGCGCAAACGUCUUCUACCUGCCCACGGCGCGGCGCGCGAGCCUCAGGGCGCUGGUCGACGUGGGCUCGGAGCCGUACCCGGGGGACGGGAGGCCCAUCAACCACGCCAUGUGGUGCAUCACGCACGUGGUGGGGAUCAAGCUCAUCAACGCGCUGCUGACCACCACCGGCACGGCCAAGGAGGUGGACAUGGCGGGCUUCGUGGGCGUGUGGGGGCGGAUCCCCCUGACGGGCGGCCUGAAGGCCGGCUCGCACGGCCGGUUCAUCGAGGAGCAGGGCAAGCUCGCGCCCAAGGACGGCAACAGGACGCUCGACAAGACCAUCACGGUGAGGAUGGACUUUGACCUGCUCAACGCCAUGGUCGACCUGUGGUAUACCUCUGUCGACACGAUGCGCCAGAGGGUGUCCGGGCUGAUGAUGUACACGCUCGUCUUCCAGCCCCUGUCGGUGGGCAUGCUGGAGGCGUCGUGCCGGAAUGCCCCCUCGCGGCCUGUAUCCACUACUUCUCAGGGCUUGGACCCAAAAGAGGGACCCCUGGUUGUGGUUGAGAUCUGCAUGACUUGGAAGAAGGCCGAGGACGACGAGCUCAUGAGCAAGGAGGGGUCCAAGUACCUGGAAGACUGUAUCUCGCUGGCUCGCCAGAUGGGCAAGGACCACCGCUUCAUCUUUCCCAAUUAUGCCUGGCCUACGGAGGCGGUCAUGAAGGGCUAUGGCGGGGAUCGUCUAGCCGUAUUACGAGACGUGGCAAAGAAAUGGGACCCGGAGGGCUUCUUCCAGGGCCAGUUUGUAGGAGGCUUCAAGAUCGGGAGAUAG